UGGACAAUGAGCUUCUGAAGCAGCUGCUGCUCCUGUCUCUCUGAAUGAAGAUUGAGCUUUACCCCAAACUGCAACUUUCUUCCUCUGUCCAACAUCUAGUAUUUGAAGAUCUGAAGACGGAAGUUUCAAAAUCAACAGAUGAAGGACUUAUGCCCAAAAUGUCGACUCUCCUGCUCCUCAGGUGCUGCCUGACCUGCUGUGCUUUUUCAGCGUCGCACUUUUCGAUACUGACUCUCCAGCGUCUGCAAUCCUCACUUUGACGUCAGUGUCUGACAGUCACUCAAUCCAUCGGGACCACAACAAUCUUUGACUGAUUCUGUGAGAAGGAUCAAAGCUUUUUGGUUCCUGUUUCAGUCCGUUUUCAACGUCAAUGGGACUGGAUGAGAGACCCUACUGUUGGAGUGCACUGAGUGUGGAGCCUGAAACAGUUAUAAGGCCUGGAAAGAGGAAUUCAUGGAGGGGAGGAGCCCUACACGUGUUGUGUGCGGCUGAAGCUUCGGCCAUGGAGAAACACGAGGAAUCCUGCCCCAUGGAGAAACCGUGGAAGUGUGGCGACUGUGGGAAAGAUUUCCGUUUCCCAUCUGCUCUGGAGAUUCAUCGGCGCAGUCACACCGGGGAAAGGCCAUUCCCCUGCACAGAGUGUGGGAAGGCCUUCAGACAUUCCUCCGACCUGGUGAGGCACCGGCGGGUCCACACCAGGGAGAGGCCCUUCAGCUGCCCUGAGUGUGGGAAGGCCUUCAGCAAUUCCUCCGACCUGGUGAGGCACCGGCGAGUCCACACGGGGGAGCAGCCCUUCAGGUGCUCCACAUGCGGGAAGGGCUUUACCCAGGCCUCCACCCUGUUGGCCCACCGGCAGGUCCACACUGGAGAGAGGCUGUUCCUCUGCACCGAAUGUGGGAAGGGCUUCAGCAAUUCCUUUGCCCUGCUGACCCACCAGCGGGUCCACACGGGAGAGAGGCCGUUCCCCUGCACAGAGUGCAGGAAGGCCUUCAACAGUUCCUCUGACAGGCUGAAGCACCAGCGGGUCCACACGGGGGAGAGGCCCUUCAGCUGCCCAGAGUGCAGGAAGGGCUUUACCCAGGCCUCUGACCUGCUGAGGCACCAGCGGGUCCACACAGGGGAGAGGCCAUUCACCUGCUAUCAGUGUGGGAAGAGCUUUAGCCGCUCCUCCCACCUGCAGAGACACCAGAGAGUUCACAUGCCAUCACAGGGGCUCUACAGCCUGGAAAGAGGAAUUCACGGUGAGGAGGGGCUCUACACGCAUUUGUGUACAGCUGGAGCUUCGGCCAUGGAGAAACCUGAGGAAUCCCACCCCGAGGAGGAAUCGUGGAAGUGUGGUGACUGCGGGAAAGGCUUCCGUGCUCCAUCUGCCCUGGAGAUUCAUCGGCGCAGUCACACCGGAGAGAGGCCAUUCAUCUGCCCCAAGUGUGGGAAGGCCUUCAGCAAUUCCUCUGCCCUUAUGAGGCACCGGUGGGUCCACACAGGGGAGAGGCCCUUCAGCUGCCCCGAUUGUGGGAAGGACUUCAGCUAUUCUUCUGACCUGCAGACCCAUCGACGGGUCCACACGGGGGAGAGGCCGUUCUCCUGCACUGUGUGUGGGAAGGCCUUCAGCACCUCCUCCACCCUCCUGACCCACUGGCGGGUCCACACUGGGGAGAGGCCAUUCACUUGUUCUGAGUGCAGGAAGGGAUUCACUCAGGAGGGCAAGUUGCGGAUGCACCAGCGGGUCCACACUAGGGAGAAGCCUUUCAGCUGCCCCGAGUGUGAGAAGGCCUUCAACGAUUCCUCUUCCCUUCAGACCCACAAGUGGGUCCACACGCAGGAGAGGCCGUUCCCCUGCACAGAGUGCGGCAAGCUCUUCAGCAAUUCCUCCACCCUGCUGAAGCACCAGCGGGUCCACACAGGGGAGAGGCCCUUCAGCUGCCCCGAGUGUGGGAAGGGCUUUACCCAGAUGUCCGUCCUGCUGAUCCACCAGCGGAUCCACAUCGGUGAGAAGCCUUUCUGCUGCCCUGAGUGUGGGAAGGGAUUCACUCAGAAGGGCAACUUGCGCACGCACCAGCGGGUCCACACCGGGGAGAGGCCCUUCAGCUGCCCCAAGUGCGGAAAUGCCUUCAGCGAUUCCUCCACCCUACUGAAGCACCAACGGGUCCACACGGGGAAGAAGCCAUUCCCCUGCCCCGAGUGUGGGAAGGCCUUUAGCAAUUCCUCCGACCUGCUGAAGCACCAGCGUGUCCACACGGGGGAGAGGCCCUUCAGCUGCCCCGAAUGUGGGAAGGCCUUCAGCGAUUCCUCCGCCCUGGUGAAGCACCGGCGGGUCCACAGGGGGGAGAGGUCCUUCAGCUGCCCCGAGUGUGGGAAGGGCUUUACCCGGGCAGCCACCCUGCGGAGGCACCAAGGAGUUCAUGUGCCAUCACAGGGGGAUUGAAGGAGCGACUGCCGAGUGCCAUUAUGGACUGGGCUAUCAACCCAGUUCUGGAACUCCCAGGUUUGAAUCCCACCGCAGCAGAUCGCGGAUUUGGAAUUUGGACAGAAAUCUGGAGGUCAGAAUCUAACAAUGAAACCAUCGAGCGGGGUGGGGGGAAGCCCCAUUCUGAUUCAGUCACGUCCUUUUUAGGGAAGGAAACUGGUGUUGUGGCAAAGGAUUCACUCAGUCGUCCCAGCUGCAUCCUUUCCCUGGUCUGGCCUACACGUGACUGCAGACCUACAGCAGUGUAGUUGACUCCACCUGCUUCCUCCCACUUCUUUCCCUCCCCGCAGAUGGGCGGGGAGAAACUUACUUGGAGACAGGGUAUGGGUUGAAAUCGCUGAGUGAGGCAAUACUUCCUCCGGGUUAAGGCUGUAACAAAGAUCCAAUUACAAAGGGACAAGUCAGUGGUGACCAACAGUAAAGAAAGUGGAGGGUGGGGAGGGGUGCUUUGACCUUGAGCUGUUUAAAAAGCAGCUACUUUUUCAACACCUUUUUGCUGAGGUGAUCUGGAGCUGUAACAAAGUUGGGUUGCAAUGAAGGUAACCUGAACUCUCUGGACGAGCUGACCAAGGCCCGCGAGUCCUUCGAAAAGAAUAAAACUCCCGGAAGCUACGGCUUACCGGUCGAGCUCUAUUCCGCUCUGUGGGACUUGAUUGGCCAGGACCUGCUGGAGGUGUAUGUCAGUAUGCUUCGAGCAGGUACCGUGAGUGAAUCCAUGAGGAAAGGCAUCAUCAUCUUCAUCUACAAGCGGAAGGGGGAGAGGGAGGAACUCAAAAAUUGGAGACCAAUUUCACUGUUGAAUGCGGAUUACAAAAUCCUGUCAAAGGUAGUCGCCAACCGGGUCAGGUCUGCUCUGGGGUCGGUGAUUCACCCUGACCAAACCUGUGCUGUGCCAGGCAGGAAGAUCACUGAGAGUAUCGCACUCCUCAGGAAUACGAUCGCCUACAAGCAGAACAGAGGUUUGGACACCUGCCUGAUCAGCCUGGACCAGGAGAAAGCCUUUGACAGGAUAUCGCACAGGUAUAUGAGAGAUGUUCUCUCCAAAAUGGGCUUUGGGGAGGGAAUCUGCAAUUGGAUCAGACUGCUCUACACCAACAUUGUCAGUGCAGUCACGGUCAAUGGGUGGGAAUCAGAUAGCUUCCCAGUCCGAUCUGGAGUCAGGCAGGGCUGCCCUCUCUCUCCUGCCUUGUUUGUGUGCUGCAUAGAGCCAUUUGCCAAGUCUAUCAGGAAGGAUGCAAGCCUGAGAGGGGUGACUAUUCCUGGCAGCGGGGGCCUGCAGGUUAAGGCCUCCCUGUACAUGGAUGACGUCGCCAUUUUCUGCUCGGAUCCGUUGUCCGUGCGCAGACUCAUGUGCAUUUGUGACCAGUUCGAAUGGGCCUCGAGGGCCAAGGUAAACCGAGGCAAGAGCGAGGCCAUGCUCUUCGGGAACUGGGCCGACCAUUGCUUGAUCCCCUUCACCGUCAGGACCCACCACCUGAAGGUGCUGGGUAUUUGUUUCGGGGGAUCUGGGGCACGUGCCAAGUCUUGGGAGGAGCGUAUCAGCAAAGUGAGGCAGAAACUGGGCCGAUGGAAGCUACGGUCGCUCUCCAUCACGGAAAAAAAACCUGGUCAUCAGGUGUGAGGCACUGUCAUUGCUAUUAUACAUGGCACAGAUCUGGCCUAUUCCCAGAAUCUGUGCCGCUGCAGUCACCUGGGCCAUCUUCCAGUUUAUAUGGAGAUCAAAGAUGGACUGGGUCUGAAGGGACUCGCUGUACAAAGAUCUGGGCAACGGGGGAAAAAAUACACCCAAUGCCACCCUCACCCUGAUGGCCACCUUUGUGUGUGGCUGCAUCAAGCUGUGCGUGGAUCCCCGGUACGCAAACACCAAGUGUCACUAUGUACUCAGGUUCUACCUGUCCCCGGUGUUGCGAAGGAUGGGCCUGGCCUCGCUGCCGCGGAACGCUCCGAGUAGUUGGACCGUUCCGUAUCACCUGUCCUUCGUGGAGAAGUUUAUGAAGAAAAACACCUUUGACCACAAGUCCAUCAGGAAGUGGUCAGCACGUAGUGUCCCUGAGACCCUUUGGAAAAGGAGAGGGCGGAUCCUAUCGAGCGGUUCCCUGAGCAGACUGUCAAAGCCAUUUGGCAGAAUGCCUCAUCGCCAGAACUUUCCAACCAGCACCAAGACAUGGCUUGGCUGGUGGUGAGAAGGGCUCUACCUGUGAGAUCCUUUAUGCACGCCCGGACUCUCUGCCGCACCGCACGCUGCCGUAGAAGCGGCUGCGGGGGUGGGGGUGGGGGAACGAGACUGUCACACACCUCCUUCUGGAAUGUGCCUACGCAGAGGAAGUCUGGAGAGGAAUGCAAGUGGUAUUUGUCGAGGUUCGUUCCGAGCAGCGCCGUGACGCGGGACUCCAUGCACUACGGCCUGUUCCCCGGGACGCACACCGAGACGAAUAUCAACUGUGCCUGGAGAAUCAUCAACUCGGUGAAGGACGCUCUCUGGGUGGUCUGAAACCUGUUGAUCUUCCAGCUGAAGGAGUUGACCCCGACUGAGUGUUGCAGACUGGCACAUUCCAAGGUCCAGGACUACGUGUUGAGGGAUGCGCUGAAGCUUGGGGCAGCUGCCACUAAGGCGCGGUGGGGAAAGACCACUGUGUAACUUCUGCCUGCCUAAUGAAGAACAGGGGGCCCAUGCAGUCAUUUGGGCUCUGCUGACACCUCAGCUCAAUAUAUGGGCAUAUGAUUGAAAAAUGUACAGACCUGUAUAUAAAAAUGAUAAAUCCUGAUCUUUGUAUGUAAAUGUUUACAUAUGUAUGGCAUGACCAACUGUACAGACCAUCAAAUUAUUUUAUGAAUAUAUUUUUGAAAUAAAAAAUUAUUGUAUCAGACAUGCGAGCUGUGCAAGGUUACCUUAUGACAUCUCCCACUUAGUUUAGACUGGCACUUCUUUAUAGGAACUUAUCUCGGCACCAGAUGCCUAACUCAGUUGGAUUUGUUUUUCCUACCUGAUGGAUAGCUCAAGGCCUGUAGGAGUGAUCAGUCAAGCACACACAGAUCUGUCAAUUAACUUCUCUUCCUUAUGGAUUAUUGUCUUUCACUGUUAUCUGUCUAAUUAAGAACAUGCAAUGUUUUUAUAAACUUUUGUAUAAAGGAAGCCACUUUGUAUCAGUACAUUGGAGUAGCCUGCUGGGGCACUUGAAGAGCUGCUACCCUACACUCCUAGGUUAUUAGAACCUAGUUAGUUUAGCGUAUGGUUAUCAAUGUUACAUUGUAACGGUGAUGCUACUAGUGAAUAAAGGGGAUGACUAAGAUUAAACUAAA